GAAAUCACACCAUGCUGGCGCAGCACGAAGACCAAAAAAAAUAUUGCCAACACAUUUUAGUUCUAGUUUAACCACCGGUUGGUUUAGUACUUGCUCUCGUCUAGAAAAUAUAGUUUAAUAAAGAUGUCUUUGGUUCGUUUGAUUGGUGCUGAGGCCCGUUUCUUGGCCAAGCGUGCCUACUCCUCGGCCGCUCCCACCACCAAAAUGUUCAUUGAUGGUAAAUUCGUUGAGUCCAAGACUAACGAAUGGAUUGAUUUGCACGAUCCUGCCACCAACAAGGUUGUAAACCGUGUCCCCAAGUGCACACAAGACGAGAUGCAAACUGCUUUGGAAUCCAACAAGAAGGCCUUCAAAUCCUGGAGCAACACCUCAGUAUUGUCACGCCAACAGGUUAUGUUCAAAUUGCAAGCCUUGAUCAAGGCUAAUAUGGGUGAAUUGGCCAAGAACAUUACCCAGGAACAGGGUAAAACUUUGGCCGAUGCUGAGGGUGAUGUUUUGCGUGGUUUGCAGGUGGUUGAACACUGCUGCAGCAUACCCUCCUUGCAAAUGGGUGAGACUGUUGCCAAUGUGGCCCGUGAUAUGGAUACUUACUCUUUGGUUUUGCCUUUGGGUGUUACCGCCGGUAUUGCUCCCUUCAACUUCCCCGCUAUGAUUCCCUUGUGGAUGUUCCCUGUGGCCAUUACCUGCGGUAAUACCAUGUUGUUGAAGCCUUCCGAACGUGUACCCGGCUCCACCAUGAUGUUGAUGGAAUUGUUGAACGAGGCUGGCUGUCCUCCGGGUGUUGUCAAUGUUAUCCAUGGCCAACAUGAUGCCGUCAACUUUAUCUGUGAUGCUCCUGAAAUCAAGGCUGUCUCCUUUGUCGGUUCCGAUCAAGCUGGUAAAUACAUUUAUGAACGUGCCGGCAAGAAUGGCAAGCGCGUCCAAAGUAACAUGGGUGCCAAGAAUCACGGUAUUGUUAUGGCUGAUGCCAACAAGGAAAACACUUUGAAUCAAUUGGCUGGUGCUGCUUUCGGUGCUGCCGGUCAACGUUGCAUGGCCUUGUCCACCGCUGUGUUUGUCGGUGAGGCUCAACAAUGGAUUCCCGAUUUGGUUGAACGUGCCAAGAAAUUGAAGGUUAAUGCUGGUCAUGUUCCCGGCACUGAUGUUGGUCCCGUUAUCUCUGCCCAAGCCAAGAAACGUAUUUGCGAUUUGGUUGAAUCCGGUGUUAAGCAAGGUGCCAAGCUUAUCUUGGAUGGCCGUGACAUUAAGGUGGCCGGCUUCGAGGAUGGCUACUUUGUAGGACCCACCAUCUUGACCGAUGUCACCCCCGAUAUGGACUGUUACAAGGAGGAAAUCUUUGGCCCCGUCUUGGUUAUCCUUAAGGCUGAUACUUUGGAUGAAGCCAUCCAAUUGACCAAUGCCAAUCCCUACGGUAACGGUACCGCCAUCUUCACCACCAACGGUGCCACCGCCCGCAAAUUCGUCAACGAAAUCGAUGUUGGUCAAGUAGGUGUCAAUGUACCCAUCCCUGUACCCUUGCCCAUGUUCUCCUUCACCGGUACCCGUGGCUCCUUCCGUGGUGAUCAUCAUUUCUAUGGCAAACAAGGUGUUAAGUUCUAUACCCAAACCAAGACUGUCACCCAAUUGUGGCGUGAAACCGAUGUUACCCACACCCAAGCUGCUGUAGCCAUGCCCACCAUGAAGUAAAUUUAAGAAAGAAAGAGGAGAAGAUAGACAAUGCAAGGAGCUUAUGAGAACAGAAACUAAGUUUCUAGGGGAAUACCAGUGUCUUCCAGAUAUUAAUUUAACAACAAAAAAAAAAAUUAUUUUUAAAAAUUUAUUAAAGCUCCGUUAUAAUUUCGUUCCCCUUUUUUUAAAAAAACACAAUUACAAAUUUCACUGCAUUUAUUAAAUUUAAUUUUAUAAUAAAACUAUUAAUUUUCUUUGUUUUGCGUGUAUUAGUUUAAGUAUUUUAGCUAGAACUCGAGAAUUACUAAUGUAAAAUAAAAUCUAUAUAAUUUAUAAAAAAAUUAAA